AUGCACACAUACUUCCUCGGGCUAAGUCUCGUCGGCUACGAUGCCCUAUGGGGGAGGAUGAUCCGCAGUGGUGUGGCCGGGUCUGUGGGUUCAGUAAAGCGGACAGGCACUUUUCCGAACGGCGAUGUUCUCCGAACCAGCUUCACCGGCAUAUCUGGCUUUGACCAAUUUCUCGUCCCGGCUGUCAUCUUCUACAACAACAUUCUCGGUAACGGAUCUUCAGCCGAUCGCAGGCUGCUCGUCAGUCUUUUCACAACAAUGCAAACGGUGUCACACUGUAUGCUAGUCCUAGGAUGGGACCGAGGGAUGCGGCCGCCUUGGGCGAUUCUAGAGCAUCUGUCUUGGGGCGUUUUCAAUCAAGCCUGGGGCGCUGCGGCUGUGUAUCCUCUCUACUGCUUCACGCAUAUCGAGCGUUUUCUCAAUACUGCCCGCGGUCGUGAAGAGUCGGAGGUCGGCCCAUCCGAUUCCAACGAGGCAUUUGCGCUGAUUCCGACCGCAAUCCUGGGCGCCAUAACCCCAGCGAUGCUGCUCUAUCCCGCGUUCAGUCCAUCCUGCACCACAGGCCAACGACAAGGACUUAUCGCAUUCUAUCGUUUUACCCCUCUCGCUUUGGCAGUCGCUCAUGCUGCUUGUUGUUGGGCCCAAAAGAAAUUGUCAGCAUACUUGGCGUGGAAGUCGGCGCCGGCGAGUGCAAAAGCCUACACUAUGGCGUCUUUGAUGUUUUCGGGUUUUGCUGCCGCAGCUGGGCACUUGUGGGCUUUGCUGAGCCCGUCGGAGGGUGGUUUGCGACGCGUCUUUUGGCCGGCCGAGUACAUCGACAAAGCCUCAACUACAGUCAUUGCGGAUGGAGCACGAGACUUCCUUCAAUGGGACAUGUUUGUAAUUACAGCAGCCCUUGUCCCGUUCGCGGAUCAAGUGCUGAAAUCAUCGGCAUUGCUUCAUCGAUUGAAAAGGCGGAAGCGGUUCUCAACUCGGGAUACUCUCGCCUGGUGCCGUACUGGCAUUUUCGCUAGCUCUGAAAAUGUCUUCAUGAAGUUGAGCUGA